AUGGAUGCCUACGCCUACCUUAUCCGCCACGGCUGGUCCGGCCCCGGAAACCCACUGAACCCGGACCGCGCAGGCGUUCGCGGCGGACUAGGGCUCACAAAACCGCUUCUCGUUGCGCGACGCUCAGGGAAUCAAGGCGUGGGGAAUAAGACGACCAAAGACCCGACGAAUCAAUGGUGGUUGCGUGGGUUCGAGGACGCGCUUAAGGGGAUUGGAACGCCGAAGGAGGAUACGAUCAUUGGGAAGGGGAAUGCAUUGACGAGUGAGCUGUAUCGACAUUUUGUUCGGGGGGAAGUUGUGCCGGGGACGCUUGGGGGGAAGAAGGAUGAAAAGGAAGGGCAGGAGGUGUCUAAGAAGAGGAAGAGGGGGGAUCAUGAAGAGAAGCAGGAUAAGGAAAGCAAAAGGUUGAAGAAGGAAGAGAAGAAGAGGAUAAAGGCUGAGAAGGAGGAGAGGAGAGCGCGGAGGAGAGAGAAGAAGGAGAGGAAGAAGAACAGGGUUGUAGAGAAAGCAGAGAAGAAGGAGAGGAAGGCGAAGGAGAAGAGAGUAAAAAAGAUGAACAAGGAAGCUGAAGAGCCUGAGAAAGAGAAGAGGCCCGAGGGCGACUAUCCCACACCGGUAUCAAUGGACUCGGACUCGAUGGAUACACAGGACGGGACAUCGUCUCUGGAUACGGAAAAGCUGAAGAAGAAAGAGAAGAAGGACAAGAAGGAACAGAGGGAAAAAGAGGGCAAAAAAGACAAAUCCUCGAAGGACAGCAAGAAGGACAAGAAACGAGAACUCUCAUCGGCCGAGAGCUCAAAACGAAAGCCCAAAAAGAGCAAAACGACUUGA